GACCGGAAACUUGCAUACGAAGCACAAGAAAGAGACCGGUUUAGAGUAGCAUUUAGUAGGAUUUACCAGCGACAUACAAACAACUUCCAGCUGAUUUGUAAAUCAUUUAUUUUCCAUUUUUUGUGAGUCUAGUAUCUUAUCUGUUCGGAGAAUGGGUAGGAGCAGGAGUCGAACUCCUCCAAGACGAGAAAGAAGACGUUCCCGCUCAACUUCUAGAGAGCGUGAGCGAAGACGAAGGGAGCGGGAUCGCUCUCGCUCUCGAGAUCGGGACCGGGACCGUCGCAGGAGUCGCUCACGGUCUCCUCACAGGAGACGCUCAAGGUCUCCCCGACGUCAUCGAUCCUCCUCCCUCUCUCCUUCGAGACAAAAGGAGAGACGAGAUGAUGAGCGCAAAGACUCAAAGGAAAAGACGGCAAAGCCCAUUCAGAUCUCAGCGGAGGACAUGCAGGGCAAAACGGAGGAGGAGAUUGAGAUGAUGAAGCUUAUGGGAUUUGGUUCCUUUGAUACCAGCAAGGGGAAGAAGACCGAUGGCUCAAGUAACGCGUAUGCCGUCAAUGUGACCAUGAAGAGAAAAUACAGGCAGUACAUGAACAGAAAAGGUGGAUUUAACAGGCCGCUGGACUUCAUUGCUUGAAAGUAUCUCAACUCCAAUGUUCCCCAAGAAGUUUACCUGUGUGUACCCUCCCUUCCCCCUACCCUUAUGAAUAGAUGGCAUCUUCAGUAUCCUAUGUGUUUUGUGUGAUUUAACAGUCGUGUAUAUACCUUUUUAUAAACGAAUGCAUACAUGUAAAUAGUAGUACCUGCAAGAUGUACUCACAACUGGGUGAGACUGAGCUUAAUAUUGUUGACAUGGAUGAUUUAUUUGAAAUAAAAGCAUUUAAAAAACA